GACGUGACUGUCCAUCCAGAUUUUCCCAAGACAGAGGAUGGUCGAGUUUACCACUUGGGUAUACGAGCAGGAGAGGUAGCUAACCGAAUUAUUACUGUUGGGUCUAUGUCACGAGCAGAGGGUAUCGCAAAGAUGCUGGACGCCUCCCCAAAGUUAUUUUCCCUGUACUCGGAACGCGGUUUCCUUACCAUCACAGGUUGCUACAAGAGUGUACCAGUAUCCAUAGUAUGCAUAGGUAUGGGCGCACCUAAUGCAGAUUUUUUCAUCCGCGAAGUCAGAGAAUGCUUGCGUGGAGACAUGCUUGUAAUAAGGCUGGGGUCAUGUGGUUGCUUGACUGACCUUCCCGUAGGAUCGCUCGUCCUGCCCGUAUCGAGCGUCGCUUGCACCCGAAACGUGGACUUCGAUUUUGCUUCCUGCGAUCCUUGGGAGGUUCCAUACAGGUUGAGCAAGCCCGUCCCAGCAGAUCCAGACCUUCAUAGAGCCCUGUAUGAUGCCCUUGAAGCAACACGGCCAUCUUCGCUCAAAAACCCUGUGGUUUCGAACGCUGUCAACGCAUCGACCGACAGUUUCUACUCAUCUCAAGGGAGACAGACGUCCUUUCAAGACCACAAUGCUUCUUUGAUCGAUCACCUCAAAGCCGCUGUAUCUGGUCUGACAACGCUAGAGAUGGAAACGUUUUGGAUAUUCCAUCUUGCGGCCAGCUGGCGUGGAGUUAAACAGUCGAGUUCGGCUGUCAAUCCGCCAUUAGCUACGGUUCCAGUCGUACCAGCAUUCUCGGGAAUACCCAGCGGGACAUCAGAGAAGGUGGAAGUGCUCCUUCCUAGUCUCGAUGAAGAUACUUCUUCCAGACCGGUGAUUAGGGCUGCGGCCGCCCAAAUGGUAUUCGCUUCACGAAGCUCUCAAGCGUUUAUCAGUCCAGACCAGGUGAACGAGCUCGAAAAAUGGAGUGGCCAAGGCGUGCUCGAAGCCCUUGUCAAAUUCGAUGUAGCCCCUGAAAAACUGCACCCUGUUUCUGGAAGUGUAUGGAGUCUAAUAGAACCUUCCAACCCACCGAGGGCGUUGUUGUAA